UUGCGAAAACUUCAAGGGUUACAUGACGUAUGGCGUGACUCAUUAUAUUUUCAAAUCUUUUCAAGACUUUUUGCCGCUUUGCUAAUAAGCGGAGUCUUGUAAUUUAUGUGCCGGCUCGUCGUGUUUGUUGGUAAAAAAUAACCGAAGCUGACAGAGAAAAUCUGUAAAUAGUAUUGUUUUGCGACCAAACUCGAAGAAGGUCGAAGCCCAGGGGUAGAAGAAACCUUUGGGCCUGGUUGAAAUCGACAGGAUCGCUUUCCCGCGCGCGCGAGAAUUUCUCGCGUGACGUCAUGUACGCGUAGUAAAUAUCACAUGUUCUGAAGAGCAGUCUUUUAUCGAGCCAAAUUGAUUGGUUUCGAGCUAAAAGAGUUUCAAACCUGAAGAGGGCAAGGACGCCUUCGCCUGAAGUUCCUAACAAAAUGGCGCCCAUUAAAGACUUGAUAGAACAGAACAUCAAAGACAACACAGUCAUGGUGUUUUCCAAGUCGACCUGUCCAUUUUGCAAAAAGGUGAAGGAACUUUUCAAGUCAAUGAAUGUUACAUUUACAGCCAUGGAAAUGGAUUUAUUAGACAAUGGCACCACUAUACAUGAAAAACUGAAAGAGGUUACUGGACAAAGAACAGUUCCAAAUGUCUUCAUUCGUGGGAAGCACAUCGGAGGAGCAGAUGACACAAUAAAACUUCAUGAAGAAGGCAAGCUGAUGAACUUGAUUGUGCCACCUUCUGAGAACUACACAUAUGAUCUUGUCGUCAUCGGCGGUGGAUCUGGUGGUCUUGCCUGCUCUAAGGAAGCUGCAAACCUUGGAAAGAAAGUAGCAGUUCUUGAUUUUGUAAAACCAUCUCCAGUUGGAACAACGUGGGGUCUGGGAGGAACAUGCGUCAAUGUUGGUUGUAUUCCAAAGAAACUUAUGCACCAAGCUGCCCUGCUAGGGCAUGACUUGGAUGAUGCUAGAAUGUAUGGAUGGAAUUUUGAUACAAAAGUGGAACACAACUGGGUCACAAUGAGAGAAAAUGUCCAAAAUCACAUUGGUUCACUCAACUGGGGCUACAGAACUGAACUAAGGGAAAAAAAGGUUACAUACAAAAAUGCAACAGGGGAACUUGUAGAUGCUCAUACAAUCAAGGCUGUUGACAAGAGAGGAAAGGUAACAGAGAUGACAACACAACACAUUGUUAUCGCAACUGGUUUACGGCCUCGUUACCCUGAUAUCCCUGGAGCAAAGGAAUAUGGUAUCACCAGUGAUGAUUUGUUCUCGCUAGAACACAGUCCUGGUGAGACUGUCGUGGUAGGGGCAUCAUACGUGGCUCUAGAGUGCGCAGGAUUCCUACGUGGAGUCGGUCUUGAUGUUACUGUUCUGGUGCGAUCAAUUCUUUUAAGAGGUUUUGAUCAGCAAAUGGCAGAAAAAAUUGGGGAUGAUAUGAUAACACAUGGCAUAAACAUCAAAAGGCCAGCAAUUCCUACAAAGGUUGAACUUAUAGAAGAAGGAACUCCAAGAAAGCUCAGAGUUCAUUACAAGAUGUUGGAGACUGGAGAGGAGACAUCUAUUGAGUGUAACACAGUGAUGUUUGCCAUCGGUAGAGACCCAUGCACGCAAGGGAUUGGACUGGAGAAUGCAGGAGUCCAACUUAAUCCCAAGAAUGGAAAAGUGAUAGCUGGGGACAAUGAGCAAUCCAGUGUACCAAACAUUUUUGCCAUAGGAGAUAUGGCAGACGGCAAACUUGAACUAACUCCAGUUGCUAUCCAGGCUGGAAGAUUGCUGGCCCAGCGACUGUAUAAUGGCAGUAAUGAACUUUGUGACUAUGUUAAUGUUGCAACAACAGUAUUUACGCCACUGGAGUAUGGCUGUAUCGGUUUGUCUGAAGAGGACGCCAACGCCAAGUUUGGGGAGGAUAAUGUGGAAGUUUACCACACAAGUUACCAACCUCUUGAGUACACUGUAGCAAAGAGAGACAUGGCAGGGUGUUAUGCCAAGUUGGUGUGCAACAAAAGUGAUAACGAACGUGUUGUUGGUUUGCACAUACUUGGACCAAACGCUGGUGAAAUAACACAAGGCUAUGCUGUAGCUAUCAAGUUAGGAGCUACCAAGAAAGACUUUGAUAGAACUAUAGGGAUACACCCUACUGUGUCAGAGGUCUUCACAACACUUGCAACAACUAAACGGUCUGGCUUCGAUGUUUCAGCAUCAGGAUGCUGAGGUUAAGCCCUGCUGUUGCGUUUUUCCUAGAAUGUGAAGAGAAGUCAGUUAUCUCUUGUUCAUUCUAAGAGCGACAGCGGGGUUCUUACUUUGCUUUGGAUGUUCUCAGUACAGUCGCGACACUUCAGUCUGCAUAAAUGAUGGUCAAGUUUGUAACCCUGUUUAUGGGAAAACUUCACCUGAUGUUUGUAUGCAAGGACAUUCAAUAUUUUAUAAGUCGGUGCUUGUGUAAAAAAUCAAACCAAAGGUGUUUAGAGAAAUGCUGGUGGCAAGUGUUCUGGUAAAACUGUACACUGACACGUCUUUGAUGUUUUCUUUAUUUUGUUGUACAUGUACUUCAGAGUUCGCGCAUUACGUAUUAUAUAAAUAGCCCUUAGAUGAAUAUUUAUGCUCGCAUUAAACAAAUCAUUGAGAAACUUGCCAUAUGUGCGGGCACUGUGCUGUUUUUCAAAACAACACAUAAAUUGGAUCUAAUGAAUUUUAAAUCUAAGUUGAUUCAAGCUUUGUAAAAUUGCACUCUGCCUUUUGUAAGGAAAUGGGUUUAUUUAAUCUCUAUAAAAUGUAUUAUUGUAUUAUCACCAUUAUGAGAGUUGGUGUGAAAACUCUUCUUUCAAAAGGUUUGGGGCAAAAUACACUUGGGUGGCUUUACAUUUGUAGGAAAGAACUGACUGGAAUGAUCACUGAAUUCCCAAAAUUAGCCGACCAAGCAAAAAAGAUGGACUUUUUGUUUUGCCAUAAAUAAUUUAGUUUUUGUUGCUUUCCACUGAUGGGAAUCUGAAAACUGGAAAAAUGAGCAAACGGUGAAAAAAGGAGUCCACAAUUUGGCUAGCCUGGCUUCAACUUGUUGAGAGAUUUCCAGAACUUUUCUGAUGCAUUUGACUUUCAACCUAGUACUUUCCAGCUAAAUGGUAAGCACUCUUGCACACACAUGAAAUGUUCAUUUAAUGUUAAUUUCCAAAUGAUUUUGUAAUAAAAGUUGAUUAACUUUA